CCGCCCCUCCCAACCCCCCGCGCGCACACGCCCCCAACCGUACCCCCCCCCCCCCCCCAGAAAUUAUCCUCGACACCGCACAUCCUGUUAUGAUAGCUACACUAUCAUUCCCUUUUGUCAUGAAAGAAUGUUGACUCAAAGAUAGUUGAGUCAAAAAUGUUAUGAUAGGUACGCUGCCAUUCUCUCUCUUUUUUAUCAUGAAAGAAUGUUGACUCAAAAUAGUUGAGUCAAUAUUCUUUGAUCUCUAGUGAUACUAUAUAUAUAUAUAUAGGAUUGUUUAGUCAAGAGAAAAAAGACCUUAUUUGUUUCGGAUCAAGAUUUUCGGUUUUUUAUUGUUAUUAUCGGAAUAAAAGGAGCGGCGGCUAGCAAAUGGUGCACUAGCCGAAUUAUUACUAUAUGUCAACAAGAAGUGGCAGAUCAUAUCAACCCAAUCAUCAACAAACUACUCCAACUGCAAAUAUAAAUAACACAACAGGUACAAAUAAAAUGUCGGAAGAAUUAUUAUUAGAUGCUGUUGUCAAAGAUUUUCCACGGUUUUCGGGUAACAAAAGCGAAAAUGUUGAUGAUUGGCUUCGAUCAUUAACUGUUAAGUUUAUCGCCUUGGAUAUUGAUAAUGACGCAAAACGGAGAUGGGCUCCUCAGUUUCCUACAAGUGAAGCGCUUAAGUGGUACCUUACACAACACACAUCUUUGAAAACAUGGGACGAAUUUCAACAAGCCGUACGAACUAAUUACCCACCAACACCGGAACAUACACGUGCAUCUACUUUUCAACAGCUAUUAACACGAAAACAAACAAUGGAAGAAAAAUUUAUUCACUAUUAUACUGAUAUGAAAAAUUUAUUUUAUAAAUACGAUCGCACUAUUGGUUUAGAAAUUACCACACCUCAAAAAUUACUUGAAUUGAUCCAACGUUAUGAAGAAGAUCAACAACUUAUCGAUUCACGUACAUUCCCGCUAGCUACAUCAGAUACUCUCCCACUCAGUUCGCAAUCGUCAACUCGCCCAUUCGCAUCGGCUUCACAAUCAUCUGCCUCAUCAUAUCGUCCGCGGCAAUAUUCAACUCAAAAUUACUCGCUACCUUAUUAUUCAUCGUAUCCUUCAACUUCACAACCGUAUCCCUCCAGCACAAGAAAUCGUUCGAACAAUUUAGUUAAAAAAUUAAAUUUCGAUUUUAUUCUGGGUGCAAACUGGUUCAUUCAAACAGGUCCUAGGAUUGAAUACGAUCGUCACCAAGUUUCUAUUCAUUCAUACCAUGGUCGUUCUGUUAUUCCGUUUGAUAAAAAUAUCAAUCAUCUAGCAUUAGACGUCAAACUACUGAACACCAUUACACUUCCACCGCGUGAAGCAUCUGUGGUACAAGCAAAAACAGACAUUUCGUCCGCCGAUGCGGUGUAUUUCGAUCCUGAUUCCGAUUAUUUAACAUGUAAAUUAAUCCAAAUUGCUCCAGCAAUGUUAAAAGUACAAAUGAUACUACAUAAGAAACCAAAUGGUGGUAUACGAUUCUUGGUUGAUUACCGUAAACUCAAUUCGGUUACCCGCAAAGAUUCCUUUCCUCAACCUACCACUGAGGAGUUAAUCACCCAAAUAGGUGGAAGUAAAUAUUUUACCAAGUUAGACUUAAAAUUUGGAUACUUCCAGAUCCCUAUUCAUGAACAAGACAAAGAAAAGACCGCGUUUAUAACCCGGGAUGGUUUAUGGGAAUUCAAUGCUCUUCCGCAAGGUGUCAUGAAUGGCCCACCUACCUUCCAACGAGUUAUGCAUAAUUUGAUUGGUAACGGUCGUUGGAAUUAUGUGGUGGUUUAUCUUGACGACAUACUAAUAUUUUCCAAAGACUUUAAUGAACACAAGCAACAUGUCAAUGAAAUAUUAUCGAUAUUGAAUAAAGCAAAUUUUCAAGUGAACCCUGAUAAAUGCACAAUUGCUGUCCAGGAAAUUGAAUAUUUAAGCCACGUCAUUAACAAGGAUCAAAUCAAGCCUUCACCUGAAAAAAUUCGAGCCAUUACUGAAUUAGCACCACUAACAACAUUAAGUCCAGCCAAUGAAUUUAUUGGAAAAUUGAAUUCGUAUAGAAAAUUCAUCCCACAUUUUGCUGAAAUUGCUGCUCCGAUCCACAAAGUAACAAACAAAACAAAGAAAACUAAACAUGAAUUUUACUGGCAUAACGAACAACAAGAAGCAUUCGAUGAAUUUAAACACAUACUUACAACUACACCAUUAUUUCUACAGUAUCCAGAUACAACAGCACCCUUCAUCUUAUCAACGGAUGCAUCAGUAAUUGGCAUUAGUGGCAUUCUACGUCAAAAUACGAAAAGUGGCACACGAAUUUGUUAUUACAAAUCUCGUACAUUGACCGAUACAGAAAAACGUUAUGAUCCAAUUGAACGAGAAGCAUUAGCCAUCUACUGGAGUGUGAAAGAACUUCGUCAAUAUCUCGGUGAUUCUUUCUUUUCAAUUGAAACAGAUAGCGCACCCUUGAUAAAUUUUCACAAGAAACAAAUUGCUAACAAACGUGUUAUGCAUUGGCUAUUCAAAUUACAAGAUAUUCUCCAUCAAAUUACCGAAGUUAAGCAUUUAAACCGAGAUAAAAAUACUGGUCCCUAUUACCUCUCGAAACAUCCGCUAUCGCAUCGUUCGACCUCACUAAUGGCACCUGACGACGAGGAUGACGGCUGGCCUCCAGGCACUGACACGUGGGACAUCACACCAACACGUUCACCGUCCUUCUUCGAGCAACUGAACGCGGUUAUCACUCGUCAUCAAGCAAAACGACAAACGGCUCAUACUCCUUCUUCAGUUUCUACACAAGAUCCAACUCUAUCGACACCUCUAUUCGACUUAAGUCUUGACCGUGUAUACCAAGCACAACUCAACGAUCCAGACAUUCAGGAAAAGGUUGAACUUCUUCGAAAACAUCCAUCCCAACUCUCACUCGAAAUCAAAAAUGGAAUUCUAUGCAAAUUAUUACCACGCGGAAAAAUUAAACGUGCUCUACCAUACAUUCCAAAAGCUCUCAUUAAAGAUAUAUUAUUCACACAUCACGACCACCCUUUAGCCGGCCAUUUUGGUGUCGAUCGUACAUGGAACAAUAUUAAAAAUAAAUACUAUUGGCCCAACAUGUAA